AUGGACGAAAAGAAUACCAAUAUCAAUUUACCUGAGCCUGUAACUAAAAAUUUGUUUGAUAAAUCGCAAGAGAAAAGAGAAAUAGGAGGAUAAGAAUUGAUAAAAGUAAUAUAGAAUGCAACAUCGGAUAAAAUAGUCAUUGAGAUAGCAAAGCAUUUAAAGGAGAGAUACAUUACGCAACAAUAAUUUCAAUAUAAAAAAGGAGGAUUGCAUGGAUUAUAUUCAAUUGCUAUAGAUAUGGUGACCAAAAAAAAUUCGGACACUAUCAUCAAGAACUGCUUGAAUUACAUUAUUGAUCCUAUGAUUGAAUGCAUGAGAGACAAGGAAGAAAGAGUCAGAUACACAGCUAUUGAAUAUUUGUUUUUGACUUCCAAAUUACUAGGUGAUGUGGUCUUAAAUAAGUUGGAAGAUACUUAUAAAAACUUAGUUCAAAGUUUCUUAGAUCCUGAUGAAUCCGUAAGAAAAGCGGCAUCCUAAUUAGACAAUUGUUUGAAGAGUUUGGUAAUGAGUACUGCACCUGAGAAAUAAAAUUUUAAAAUCCAAUCAUUUGUUAAAACAAUUAGCACUUAGAUAGUUUUCAAAAAUCAACAAGUGAAAUUAAAUCUGAUUUCAUGGAUCAACACUUUGAAUUCCAUUCCUCAUAUAGAAUUAUUUGAUUACAUUGAAGGCUUUUUGGCUGAACUCUUUCUUAUGUUAGCAGAUACAAGUAACAAGGAUCCGUUUACGAAUGAAGCUAAAAUUGCUGCUAGAAAAUAAUUAGAAGAAUUUCAAAGGGAUUUGGAGAGGUAUUCUAAAAGAUCAUCCUUCAGUCAACAAUAAGAAUUGAAAACUCAUAGACAAAUCAUUGAAAUCUUAUUAGAUUUAUGCUAGAAUAAGUAGAGUGAUGCUCAUGUGUUGUCUUAGGUUUUGAAUUGGAUUAUGGAAUACUUGAAAAUAUUUAAUCAAUUAGAAUUAAGUGGAGGAUAAAUUAUCAAAGGAAUUGACUUAAUGUCUAAUGUCUUUGAAUAGAGAAGAGAUUCAGUUCUUUAAUCAGUUAUUAUGGAAAAACUCAAUAAUAUUUUGAAAAUAAUACUCUCCUUAUUAUCGCUUGAUUCCCCUCAGAUUGUGAAUUAAGCAUAACAAAUUAAUGACUUAUUAUUGUAAAUAAUGGACAAAAUGAAGGCUUCAGGCAAAGAAUUCGUGGACAUCAUGCCAACCAUCUAAGAUAUGCUUAAAGAAAAAAACAAUCACACUGCUGAAAAGGCUUUAAUGUGGAUGAGACAUCUAUUGAACACACAAACUGAGAAGUUGAAACCCAUGAUUGAAAAUAUAUUAGAAAAUUUAAUUGAAAGAUUAAAAGAUGCUGAAGCUCAAGUUGUAGAGAAUGUUAUGGAUGUUUUGGCUCGUAUAUCUCAUGAAUAGUAUUUUGAUAUGGUUAUAGAGAAGAUACUGGACAUAUUCCACAAGAAUGUCAACUUAUUGAAUAGAAUGAGUUAGAUAAUUAUUAAGAAACUAUGUGAAUUUUGGAAUGCUGAAGUUGUUUAUACACAAAUUUGCAAUAAACUUUUAGUAAACUAUGUCUAUGUUGGAGAUGAUAAUCUAGAUUUAGCAUUUACAUAAUAAUUGGUUUAAUCAUUAGAACAACUACUGAUUACAGAGCCUCGCUUACAAAACAUUAGAAUGAAGCUUAAAAAUUAUAAAUACGAGAAGAAUCAAAAGACAGCUAAAUCAACCUAUGAAUUCUUCAUCAGUAUCUAUAAAACUUUUUGUUAUAAUGAAGUAAGUGCAUUAUCGUUAUCUCUCUUAAUUGAAGAGUAUGAACUCACUUAUAAUAUCAUCCUAACAAUUGCAGAAUAAGAAACUAAUUUAGAAAUCUUAGUAUAAAUAGCCAGAUUAACCCUAUUAUUGGAAUCACCUGUUUUUGCAUAUUUAAGAUUGCAAUUAUUAGAGUCAGCUAAUCAUCCCUUUCUUAUUCAAUCUUUGUAAGGAUUGAUGAUGUUAUUGCCUUAAUCUCCGAUAUAAAAAUAUCUGAAAUCGAGGCUAAAAAACGUCGAAUUAUUUGUUAAGCCCCAUUCGGAUUUAUCAUAGUGUAGAGAAAUCCAAAAUAAAUUGGAUACUUAAUUAUUACUAUAACUAUUUAAAAAUAGCAAACAAGAAUAACAGGACUUGAAAGACAACUAUACCAAAUCUCAAUUCAAAUGA